CACUAUGACAAUGAUAGUUGUGUGCAGGCUGCAGCCCUGGUCACGGACAAGUAGUGUCUGUGAUGUCACAAUGCAGCCCUGGUCAGGGAAAAGUAGUGUCCGUGAUGUCACAAUGCAGCCCUGGUCAGGGACUAGAGUCUAUGAUGUCACAAUUGUGUCAUAACCUCAUAUCCACUUGGAUGUUACUCAGACAGAGCAGUUGCUUUGCUGACAUCAGUGGAGGAGGUUCAUCACUGCUGUUAAGCUAAUAGUUUAGUUAAGUUUAUAGUUUAGUUGUUUUCAUUAUUUUAGUAAUAAGUUUUAAUAUUAGUAAUAAGUAUUAUAUAAGUGUUAAGACAGGGGCCUAGCCCCUGUACAGUGACCGGAGAUGUCCGGAUUUUCAUUGAAGAAGCUGAUCUCCACCAUUUGCUUCAAACCGUUGGCGAACUGGAUCACCUCCAAAGUGGCCUUUCACCCUCCAGAGCCAACGUACACGCUGCAGGAGACGGAGGCCUCACAGGCCCAUGACCUACCUCCUGUAUGCAAACUACACCUGUCAGAGAGUGCUAACUGGCCAUACUCCCAGCAGAUACUGGAUGAGAUGGAGACUUUCUACUGUACCACCAAGCAUGGUAACAGACUGAGCUGCAUGUACAUCCGCUGCGCCCCUGGGAGCCGGUACACCAUACUUUACUCCCAUGCCAAUGCUUGUGACCUAGGCGAGAUGUGCAGCAGCUACUAUGACCUCGGCUCAAAGAUCGGAUGCAAUAUUUUCUCAUAUGAUUACUCAGGCUACGGGGCGAGCAGCGGCAAGCCGAGCGAGGAGAACUUAUACGCUGACAUCGAGGCAGCCUGGCACGCCCUGAGGACCCGAUAUGGAGUCCCGGCUGAGAAGAUCGUUCUGUAUGGGCAGAGCAUUGGGACGGCAGCUGCAGUGGACCUUGCCACCCGCUAUAAAUGCGCUGCAGUAAUCCUACACUCACCGCUCAUGUCAGGGUUACGGGUCUUUUCUCCUAACAUACAGAGGACCUGCUGCUGUGACCCCUUUCCCAGCAUCAACAAAAUCUCUAAGGUGACCUGUCCGGUGCUCAUCAUUCAUGGCACAGAAGAUGAGAUUGUGGACUUUAGCCACGGGCUGGGAUUGUAUGAGCGUUGCCCAAACACAGUGAUGCCACUCUGGGUGAAAGGAGGUGGGCACAAUGAUUUAGAGACUUUCAAGCAAUAUAUAAAGAGACUCCAGUAUUUCUUCUACAAGGAGCUGCCCACAUUCUGAAGCUCCGACCAUCGAGCAUACCACUCUCUGCAGGAUUUAAAGGGCCAGCACGCCAAAAAUGAGACGUCACAUUGACACCAUAAGUUAAACACCUAUAAAAGGACGUCCAUGGGAGCACUCCUGUGCCAGAGAGCUCCCAAUUGUCAUCAUGGAGUUUGUAUAUUCUCCGCGUGCUGGCGUGGGUUUCCUCCGGGUACUCCGGUUUCCUCCCACAAUUCAAAAAUAUACCGUUGGGUUAUUGUUCCCAACUAAAAAUUAAACAACAAUUAACCCUAA